AUGUGCACAUCGAAUUUAAAAUUUACUCAGUUUAUUGUUCGGCACCAAAAUUCAUCAGCACUGAAAAAACCGAGUUCAAAAGAGCCAGAAAUAAAAAUUAGCAGAGAAACCAUUGCUAAAUUAGAACGUCUGUCAUUAGUAGAUUUUGGAAACGAAGCAGGAAUAAAAAGGCUUGAAGCUGCUAUUAAAUUUGCUGAGCAAUUAAGAUCGUUGAAAAUAGAUGACUCUAUUAAACCGAUGUACUGUGUUUUGGAGAACGAAAAUCUUCGAUUGAGACACGACAAAGUUACAGACGGUAACACUUUUCUUAAUCUCGACAGAGGAUUUGUAUUUGGACCUCAAGGAAAAUUAUUACGCCGUAAUCUAGAAAAUUUAUGGUUCCAAAGUAACAUUAUUAAACCAUUUUAUAAUGUUUUUCUAACGUCAACUGACAAAGUUUCUGAAACACUUGAAAAUCUUAAGACUCUUGGUAUUGAAGAAAAACCUUUGGGAAUUGCUAUUAUUGAGGAAUCAAAAAACUCAUGGAACACUGAAAUUCUAAAUGCUUACCCGAAGUUAAACUCACACAGAACUGGUAAAGUUACAAUAAUUACAAAUGCAAAUGAAGGUAAGGAGUUGUACCACAAAACACAGCGCGAACGUAAAAUAUGGUGGAGAAAAUUAUCUCGAGAACCAUCAAGAUUUAAAUUCACAGACUCUAAAAAAUUAAGUAAAAAUAAAGAUACCACUGAAAUAACUGUUAAUUUUGAAUUUGGAUCUAUUGUUAUUGAAACAAUAACACAUCAACAAGACAUUAAAAAAUUAAAUAAUCAGAUUGAACUAAACUCAAAUGUCCAUAUAAUUGAGCACAAAACUUCGCUAGACUGGGGUUCCCUUGCGCUGCUCUGUGAUGCAUAUGAUCCAGAGUCACCAGAAAAUCCUAGUCAAUUAAAACUUAAUCCUAAAUUAUCUCCUUACAAAGUCGGUUUUCAUUUACCAUUCACAUGCGAGGAGUCAUCAGAUAUGUCUGAAAAGAAAAGACGAUUUAUGUUGUACUUAAAUAAUUUGUUGAGAUCAAAAGGUAUUGAAACAAUAUUUACAACAAGUUUAAAGGGAAUUAAAAGUUUUCAAGUCCCUUUAAUAAUCACUGUUGAUGAUACGAGUCUUCAAAAUGGUAUCAUUCAAGUAUGGAACCAAUUAACGACAUUAGCUGAAUCAGUUCACAUUACAGAGUUACCUAAAUAUAUUCUAUCACGUUGUAAUUAG